AUGAUCAUCUUGCCCUCUGGAUACACACCUACGCUCCGACAAUCACAUUCCAAUCAAAAUGUUGAAAACAACUCCUCCUCCUACCUCAACAAUCUUCAAAAUAUGAUCAAUGAGGCUUGUUAUUCAGAUGUUGUUGGAUCCUAUCUCAAAACUGAAUUGGUGGAUGCCUACAUGCAAAAGAAUCCCUUCCCAAAUAAUCAAUCAAUAAUGGAGGAGGGAGUCACACGUUUAGGAUAUCUUUUGAAAUAUUCCAAUGACAAUGUUAAGAGAAAUAAGAAUCUUGUUAGUUCUGCUUUGAAUGAUGAAUAUCAAAAUGAGGUGUUUGAAUUUUCACAUGAAUCACUGCGAUGUGACAAGUCAUUUAUUAUUGAGAAUGUCAUUGGAAAGUGUCAUGUAAUAUUACCUUACUUGUGUGAUGAAUUAAAAAGAGACAAGGAAUUAAUCUUGAAAAUUAUAGAAAGAAAUUGUCGUGACUUGUACUAUGCCCCUGAUGAAUUGAAAAGUGACAGGGAUAUUAUUGCAAUGGCAGGUAGAACGAAUUUGAUGGUCGCUUAUGAAAAUGGUUCCAAAGAAAUACAGCAAGACAGAGAAUUCUGGAAGGAUUUAAUGUCAUCAAAAUGUUGCAGUUUUGUUUUUGGAAUCCCAUUUCCCUUAAAUAACGAUUUGGAGAUGAUGAAUAUUGCUGUGGAGCGUAAUUCAUUUUUUGCAAUUAGUUCAACUUCGAAUGAAUUAAGAAAUGAUCGAGAGCUCAUAUUAAAAGCAGUGAAAUUGGAUGGAUGGGCUCUCAAGUGGGCAUCUGUUGAAUUGCAAGAUGAUUUUGAGAUUGUUUUGGAAGCUGUUAAAUGUACUGGGCUUGCUUUUGAGUAUGCUUCUGAAAAAUUGAGAAAUAAUGAGAUUAUUACAAUGGAGGCAGUGAAAACAUAUCCAAAUGCACUAUAUCAUACUCCAACAUUGUAUGAUAAUUGGCAGAUUGUCAUGACAGCUGUCAAAGUGAAUGGAUGGGCUCUCAAGUGGGCGUCUGAUAAAUUACAAGGAGAUUUUGAAAUUGCUUUGGAAGCUGUCAAAUCAAAUGGUGAAGCUCUCCAGUUUGCAUCUAAGGAAUUGAGAAGUAAUAAGAUGAUUGUAAUGGAGGCAGUAAAACAGAAUGAAUUUUCCAUCAGAUUUGCUUCUGAAGAGCUUCAAAAUGAUAGUGAAGUUGUAGCUGCUUCUAGAAAAUACAGAAUAUCUAAAAUGUGA